GUAUUAACGUGUUAUGAUAGCACUAGUUCCGUGGUUGAAGCUGAGAGGAUGAUAAGUAGUGAGAGAGAGUUCCUUGAUAAACAAAAUAACAUCUGAUUAUUGGUUCAUGUGCAUUCCCAUGCUGCCUCACUAUUACCGGCCUCCUUUCACAAUGGCCAUUGGAAUGAAGAUGUGACCCACUUUCCUGAUAUAAAAGACCCUGAAAUUCUAUUUGUUUUUAAGGACUUAAUGGCUGCAAGUUGGGAUGAGCUUCCAGAUACACUCAUCAGUGAUGCAAAUAAGGUUUUGUCUAAAAAUACAGAUGACAAGGCAGCCCAAGAAGCUAUGGCAAAUGUUUUUCGUGCAGCUAAGGCUAUCAAGGAGUUUAGUGGGAUGCUCGUGUCUUUGAGGAUGGCAAUUGAUGACAGCACUGGAUUGGGUGGAGAGGAUGUAAAACCCUUGCCGGAGGAAUUUGUAAACGCAUUGCGUACAGUCUAUCAAAGAUACACUGCAUAUUUGGAUGCUUUUGGGCCAGACAAGACCUAUUUGCGUAAGAAAGUUGAAACUGAGCUUGGAACGAAAAUGAUACACUUAAAGAUGAGGUGCAGUGGUAUUGGUUCUGAGUGGGGAAAGGUUACAGUUCUGGGGACUUUUGGACUUUCAGGUUCCUAUGUUGAGCACAGAGCUUAGUUUCUUGGAGAUGGUUAAAAGCAUCAUGUCUUCAUGUUGUCUUUUCUCUUGGGGAACUUUUUUCAUGUUUGUUCCUCUUUCAGACAUUUUGCUGGUGCUGUCAUUACUCUUUAAAUAAAUCUAGUUUGGUCUCAUGUGCUCUGCUUCUUCUUUUCUUUUCUUUUCUUUAUUUUUUUUAAUGAAGUUUGGUGAAACUAAUAAUUACAACUUAAUGUUGCACAUAACAUCAGAAAGCUAAUGUAAGGAAAUUGGUUUCCUUUGGGUUAGAAA